GUUAAGUGAUGUUGUUGUGACAGACAUGUUCAGACACGUUCAAUAAAAGUUGUAUUAGCGUUGCUUUACGCUAUUAACCGUUAGACAGCAUCUGAAAGUAACGCUAAACAGAUUUAAUUAGUUGUUUAGGCUAACGUUAGCCGCAUGGAGUUGCCUAACGUUGCUUAUAACUACAACGGCAGUUAACGUGUCUCUGGCUAUGUUCUAACGGCUAGUCAAAGCUAACGUUGGUGGAAUUAGACGAGCCUUAAUAGCUUUUUAUCUGUGUUAGUGCAGCAGUCGUCUGGGAUUACCUUGUGUGAGGAAUGGAUGCUACUCAGAUGAUCUGUGACUCCAUCUUGGAGUCAGAUGAGGACGAAAAUGAAGAGGAGAAUGAAAACGAGAGAGGGCGACCAUUGGCUAAACUGUGCAUCUUAAAAAAUCAACACAUCCCUGAGACAGAGUUGCCACUCUUUUUGGGAGAUAAUGUGCUUGGCCGUGACCCCAACACCUGCACCCUGCCCCUGCCAGCAUCCUCAAUAUCCAAGCAGCACGCCACCAUCUGCAUCUCUGUCUACAAGAGAAGAGGCAGUCAUAGUGAAGUGGACAUAGAGGCUUUGGUCUGGGACCUAGGGAGCAUGAAUGGGACCCGCAAGGGCCACUUAAAGCUGACUCCUAAUGUCCGCUAUGCCCUCAGUGAGUGUGACAGUUUGGUGGUGGCAGACAUCCCGUGUCAGUAUGUCAGCUGUGCCGUAGAUGCAGUUUCUGCUCAAGGGGACAUGAGGACUCCUGUGAGCAAAAAUUCAGGGGUAAAUGCCAGGUUGCCAGAUGCCUCUGGAGAGAAGGUGGGUGACACAAGCACAGGCGGCAAGAAAUCUGUCAACGGAGGUACAAAGGCUAGGGUGUCACUACCUGAUCAGGGGGACACAAAGAAGACUCCUGUGAGGUCCAGUUGCCUGUCCUUUGAGCAAACUCCAACCCAGCCACAGGGGAGCCUGGUCCCAGAAUCUGACUCGGACUCAGAUGGAGAAAGAGGAGACAGACUGCGCAAGGCUCUUGUGUCUGAUUCCGACUCCCAUAAAUCAGGUCCCGACUGCUCAACAUUCCUGAGUCCUAGAAACACAAUUGUACCUGAAAGUGAGGAUGAAAGUCCCAUUACACCGUCCUCCUCCACUAAAAAUAGACCUCACAGACAUGUCAGCUUCAGCAAGGAGGAGACGGACGAAGAUGUGGGGCGACAGCAGCUGAAGAAAAAAGAGGCAGUUGCGAUUGUGGACGACAGUGAAGUGGAGGAAGGGAUGGUGGAAGAAAGAACAGCACUGGGAGGGAUAAAGUCUGGGGGAAGUGGACAACAUGUGUCAGCAAAGCAGGAAAGCAAUGUCAGUCUUACAGGAGAAGAUAAAUUGCCUGUAUCCUCACUAGCAGAUGCAAUCCCUGCAUUUAACAUGGACAGUGACACUGAUGUGGAGCGAGAGGAGGAAGGGGUGGCAUCUGCAGGUCCUGUGGCCUUGAAUACAAACCAACAAGCUGAUCAACCACCAAACACAGCCCAGUUUCACAUGGACAGUGAUACAGAUGUCGAUGAGGAUGAUGAUGCCUUAGAGAAAGUACCCAAAUCUGUGCCUUCCUCUGCUGACCACACCAAACCCCCUCAUGUUAUUUCUGUUAUUCAGCCAGAGGGCAUCACUAUGGACAGUGACACUGAUGUAGAUGAUGAUGAUGCUGCUGCUGUGUCAGAUGCUACUACAGAAGCAAAACCCACAUCACUUCAGAGCCCACACAAAGCUGACUCUGCUCCUUCAACUCAGCUGAAAGAUUUCCACCUGGAUAGUGACACAGAUGUUGAUGAGGAAGAAGAAAAGGAACAUGGAACAAACAAUACAUGCCCUAAAAUAGAUGAAACUCCCACUAGAUUAGAUAUCAAGCCAAUUGAGCCUGUUUCUGUCCCUGCUGCGUCUAGCGGUCUGCAUCUAGACAGUGACACAGAUGAUGAAGCUAUUCCCGCCCCUGCCAGCAGUGAACCUUUGGUGGCGUCUGCUGUCACAGAAUCACGCCAAACUGCAGGCGCAGGAGCAGGUUUGGAUAUUCUGUCUGACAGCGACACAGAUGUGGAAGACAACUCUCCUUUGGUCAUACCUCUUGCUGUCUCAACCUUGUCAUAUGGUCUUCACUCCGGUUCUGAUGCAGACACGGAUGUUGAUGAAUCUAGCGUGCCCCCUGCUGGAGAUGGGGUCAAUCCAUCCAAACCUAAAGCUGACAGCGGCACAGAUGUGGAAGAUAAGGAGGUGGAUUUUGGAGAGACGGGUGAGGGCCAGAUUCCUAACCUGUGCAGAGAAAAUACUCCGGGGUUGCUGGCUCCCCUCCUGCAGAACUGCUCUACUCCUGUACAGGCGUCAGAGGGAGACGUGGAAGAUAUGCAGACUCAGGCUUUCGUGAGUCCUUCUUCUGGACCAUUUAAAUUACCCCCUGCUCUAAGACCUACAGCAUUGUCUUCCUGUUCAGACAGCCAGGAGGGUGAGGACUUUGUUGUGGCUGAGACGCAGUCCUUCAUUCUUCAGACCAGAGACCGCCAGGGCAACCCCCCAGAGGACCACACCAUGGACCCCACCCAAGAAUUUUGCCUUGAGUCAUCUGGUGAUGAAAGAGGCGAACAGUCCAGCAGAGGACUGUCUUUCCAGCUGGGGCUUUCAGACAGCAGCCACCUGCAGGGUCGGGCCCAAACUUUAGCCACAGAGAGCACCCAAGCAUUUGUCCCUGCGGAGGGGGGUGUGAAUAUGGAAGAAACCCAAGCAUAUGCAGCCAUCUCAAAUGCAGACAGGACCUCCUUAGAGAAUGAGGCUACACAGGCUUAUGGAGAUGAUGAAGAACCUGCCAUAAGUUCAGUUAUGUCUGCAGAUUUGGCCUUAGAAGCAACACAGCCAUAUAUUUCAGAGCCCCGCAGUGAUUCAGAGGAUGAAACCGAUGAAAAUGAGAGAAAUAGCACUGCCACUGUUGAGACUCAGCAGUUUCCCACCUCAUCUACUCUUGCCAUGGCUCAAACCCAACCAAUGUCUGCCUUUGAGGAGGAGGAGGUGGAUUUGGAGGAAGAAAAUCCAAUUUCCUCUGUAUUACAAGUUGAGCCCAGACGACAGAAUGAAAAAGAAGAGAGGGAUGAACAUGAGAAAGCAGCUCAACCUCAAAAGACCCACCUACCUGUAGCUGCAACUCAGCCCAUGCCUGUAAGUGACGAUGAGGAAAGUGAUGAUGAGGACUCGAUUCCAGGUCCACGAAGAAGAAAAGCAAAGCCCCUGCAACUUGAAGAAGAGCAGUCUCAAAUGCUCCCAAACUCUGAGUUAUCACUUGUUGAAACUCAGCCCAUGCACGAUGGUGUAGCCCAAACUCAGCCCAUGGCUACAAGUGGAAAUGAGGAAAGUGAUGAUGAGGACUCGAUUCCAGGUCCCCGAAAAAGAAAAGCAAAGCAACUGCGGAUCGAAGAUGAGCAGACACAAACACUGACAAACUCUGAGCUCUCUGUUUUUGCAACUCAGCCAAUGGAAAUGGCUGAAGAUGGAGAAAGUGAUGAAGAAGACCUGAUUCCAGGUCCACGAAGAAGGAGAGCAAAACCAUUGCAACUUGAAGAGACACAGCCCCUCACUAGUUCUGAAGUCACUGCUGCUGAAACCCAGCCCGCGGUCAUAGGUGAAGACAGAGAAAGUGAUGAUGAGGACUCGAUUCCAGGUCCACGAAAAAGAAAAGCAAAGGUACUGCAAAUUCAAGAAGAGGAGACACAGCCGCUCACAAAUCCAGAGGCCUCCACUGUUGAAACUCAGCCCUUGGAAACAAAAACUGGCAGGCAGCCUCAGAGACGAAAGGGGAGACAAUCUGAAGCUGGAACCAGUGGCACCACUGUCGGUGGUAAAAGAGGGACAAGGGCAACAUUAAGAGAAGAGGAGCAGCAGGCGGAGUGUUCUGAACCUCCUAAGAGACAGACAAGAGGGAAGAAUAAAGCUCUGCCAACUACCAGAGGAAGGAGGGGAAAGUCAAGGCCUGAUGAGGAGGGGAGUGAGGAGGAGGAGGAGGUAGAGCCGCCUAAACGAGCCAAAGGGAAAAUAUCCAUGAGGCAACAGAAAGUUAACAAGGAAGAUGAAGAGCGGCCUGAAACAGCAAGAAACAAGCGCGCUGCAAAUAACGACCUAAUAAAGGAACAAGAUGAAGGGAGGGAACGAGACAAAUUAGAAAGGGAAAGAAAAGAGAAGGAAGACCAAGAAAGAUUGCAGGCUGAAAAUGCUGAAAGGUCAAGACUUGAGUGGGAGAGAGCAGAAAAAGCAAGAUUAGAGAGGGAAAGAAAGGAGGAAGAAGAAAAGAAAAGAGCUGAGAGGGUGCAAAAGGAAAAAGAAGAACAAUUGGAGAGGGAAAGAAAGGAGAAGGAAGAAAAAGAGAGAUUAGAGCAUGAAAAGGCAGAAAGAGAAGAGAAGGAAAGAUUGCAGAGAGAACAGGAGGAGAGAUUUGAAAAGGAAAGAAAGGAACAGGAGGAAAAAGAAAGAUUGGAGACAGCAAAACAAGAAAAAGAGGCCAAAGAAAAACAAAUAAAAGAGCAACAAAAGAACAAAGAAGAAGAAAAAAAGGCCAAAACACCCGCAAGAAGUGGAAGAGCAACUAGAAGAACAAUUGCUGCCCCGAGUACAACAGAACCAGAACAAGACUCAACAAUAUCAGCCAAUGAUGAUGGCCCAGCAAGGAGGACCAGAUCUCGCUCCAACUCUUCCAACUCUGUCAGCUCAGAGAGAUCUACUUCAAGUGUGAGCACCCAGGGGAACAGGGGGCGAGGCCGAGGCAGAGGAGGAAAGAGGACCAGUGAGCCACCCCAGACGGUCAUCGCUAGAAGCAGCAAUAGAAGGAGGACAGUGGCUGCAGAGUCAACAGAACAGGACAGUAAAGAUAUUCCUCCACAGGGAGUCCUUUCAAGGUCCAGCUCCAUCAACUCCCUCAACUCUGAGAUAUCCAGCUGCAGCACGAGCUCUCAGAGAGGAGGAAGAGGAGGCAGGCAGCGAGGAAGAGGGAGGAAAACUGAGCCAGAGCCUGUCUCCAUCCCUCCUAGUCACAGUGACCAGAAUUUGGCCUCCAAACCUACAGCCAGAGGCAGGAAGAGCAGGAAAGCAGAGGAAUCCUCUAAUGAGGUUCCCCAUGAUGAUGAUGAAGAGAAGGCAGACUCUCAGCAGCCUAGUACCACAAGAGGGCGACGGCGAGCCAAUGCAAAUGAUGCAGAACCUGCUGCAGAUAAGAAAGACCCUACUCAGGAUCAGGAGUGUGCAAGUGAAGAGUCAACUCUCCCAAAGAAGAGUGACAGGGGCAGAGGCCAAGAAGUUGUAAAGAGUGAGACUGUGGAGGCACCAGUUGCUCCUGUUGCCAGUGAUAGAGAUGAAGCUAAAGAGAAAAGAAAAGGAAGAAAAAGAGAGUUGGAGGAAGAGCCUAGCAGUAGCUCCAACAUUUCCAAGGGGAAGGAGAAAGCCGAAACAACAGAGGCAGCAAAAGAAGAAACAAAAGAUGACAUUCCAGUCCAGGCUAAGAGAAAAGGUAGAGCAUCCACGGCUCAGGCUAAGACGAACACACAAGAUUCCCCCACUGAAGUGAAGGUGAAAGAAGACAGCGAGAAAAUGGAGGAGGAGACUGUUGAGAAAAGAGGCAGAGGUCGGACGUCAGCUGUCCAGAAAAAAAAGAAAGAGGAGCAGGAAGAAAGUGGAGCAUCUGUUGACCAGGAUCCACAUGUGGAGGCCUCAGAGCCCAAGACUCCAACCAGCAGUGCAUCCCGGAAGCGACAGGCUCCUGCGAACACCUCACCUGUGGCAAAGACCCCUCGUUCCUCCUCUGCUUCCCCGGCAGCAGGUGGUCGAUUACGAGUUGCCAGCCAGGCUUACAAGGUGCUGUUCACAGGAGUUGUGGAUGAAGACGGGGAGAGAGUCUUGGCUCGUUUGGGAGGCAGCAUAGCUAAAGGUGUGGCCGACAUGAACUGUCUGGUGACCGAUAAGGUGCGCAGGACUGUCAAGUUCCUGUGUGCGGUGGCUAAAGGAGUCCCCAUUGUCACCACACAAUGGCUGGACAAGAGUGGCAAGGUGGGGAGCUUCCUGCCUCCUAAAGCUUUUCUUGUGAAGGAUCCAGAGCAGGAGAAGAAGUUUAAUUUCUGCCUGCAGGAGUCUCUGGGGACUGCUGGCCGUCAGCCUCUCUUACAGGGGUAUGAGAUCCACGUAACAAAGUCAGUGAAACCAGAGCCAGUUCAAAUGAAAGACAUAAUCUCCUGCAGUGGAGCCACCUUUCUACCUAAGAUGCCCUCUUCUCACAAGCCUCAGACUGUAGUGAUUUCCUGCGAGGAGGACUGGUCGCUGUGUGGCCCGGCUCUCUCUGCAUCUCUCCCAGUCGUCACAGCUGAGUUCAUUCUCACAGGGAUCCUUCAGCAGAAAGUUGACCUUCAGACCCACACACUUUCUGCUCCUACAAAUGCUCAACAGCCUGCAGGAGGCAAGGGACGGAGCAGGAAGAAGACUUAACAUCACCAGGGUACACUGUAAAAACCCUCCAUCUACAGUGUGUGUAGGAAAUCUGCCACGGUGGGGUUUUAUCAUCACUCACAGAUUCCCUUUUAAAUCAGAGACCAGUAGAAACACUAGUGAGUCAGCUGUUCGUCUGUAUUAAAGGCCCUGUUUAUUCUUGGUAUUGACAUGCAUCUUUGGUGAUCCAGUCACAAGUGGAUAGCGCUAAAUACAAGUGUAAACAACCACCAAGAGGGAUUGUGACCGGACCACUGCAACCACUUGCUGAGGCAGUCUGGGACGCAUUUGACCACAUACCUGCUGUAGUGAAAAGGCUAAUGUGUCUUGAUUACAUUCAGGUGGUUGUUUUGGUAACAGUAUGUUAACGCUCUAUAACCUGACCAUUUUACAAAAAGUUGGACAAAGUGUUGUGUGUCCAUCGUUUGUUCUGUGGAAGGAGACAUGUUGAAAUCUCCUGACAGUGAUAUCUCCAGCUGUACCAACACAACCGCUAACACGAGCAUGCUAACAAGCAGCCAGCAAGAGUGCUGACGUAAUGCCCUUCGACCUCCAGCAUUAAUGACUUAAGCGGCAACGAGAUCUGAACACAAGUGGGCAGGUGGAGAUGCAUAUUUGGUGACACAGUUGUGAAUGCUGAUGUGUCUUGGCUGUCCACUUGUGUUUGUAUCACUGAAACACACGUUAAUAUCAGGUGUAAACAGACUCAAAGACUAGAGGAAUGUAUUUGCCAUGUGCAGCAAAACUUGAUUGUUCACUUGCACGGUUUUUAUCACAUUGUGUGGAUGUAGCAUGGGUGCAGCUGUAAAACGUUGAAAAACGUUUGUGAUGGAAGAAACAAAAUUUAGGAAACUUACUAAGGAGUAAGGUGUCUCAAAUUUUUACGGUUUAGAAAUCUACUCUCAGUACGGUCUUUUCUUACGAUCUUACCUUUUGCCUUUUACAUGUGAAAAAAAUGUAGUUUUUAAAGUUGCAAAAGCUAAAACCAGUGUUGCUGCUAUAAUUACCCUUCAACCGUCCUUGUCACUUCCCCUCUCUCAUCCUCCCCUGUGCUUCACCUUUCUCUUUACGCAACAAUAACAAGCGGAGCAGGAAUUAACACUGCUAAAUUACUGCUGCUCUCUGUGCGUCCUAAGUGCUUCUGCUCAAUCAUCCAGUUUGGCAGGUACCCAGCCGAGAAGUGCGAGUCGUGUAAUCAUGUUUGGGUGGUGAAAUAGAAACAGUGGAACUGAUGGGGGUUCUGUUUUGAAAUACACCAGCUACGGUGGCCAGUGGAUGAAAAAAAGCUCGUUUAAUUUCCUGAUAGGAAGUGCCGAGGUUAUCAUGAACCUACCAGCGUGUCUUGUCUCCAUUAACAACCAUCACCACCGCCACCUACUCCAUUAAGGCUUCGUCCAAUCCUAUUACCUCCAGGGAUGAGACACAAUAUGUAGGCACCUGAAUGCUGAUGCUGCUUCUACAUCAAUACCAAUUUACUGUGUUUGUGUAUACAUGUUAUGUUCAAAAAGACCAGUAUACAGAACUCGCCUUCCCUGACCCGCUGUAAACCUUUAAACUUACUGUAUUGUUUGGUGUUUUAAAGAUGAACUCAUUAGCUUGUAACGUAGUUUGAUUUUAGAACUGUCAUAUAGCUAAUAUCUCAACACCAACUUUGUAUUUGUAUGAAAUCAUGAAAUCUGUCCGUAUAACUGAUGAAAACAUUAAAUCUUUUCUA